AGUCAAUCGCCGACGACGGCGCAUAUGUUCGAUUCAAGUUUGUCUCUGCAAAAAAUUCAGAAGUUUCUUCUCAUCCGGAACUGGGGAAAAUUUCGAAAUUUGAAACCGGAAGCCUCCUCCCUGCAGAGUCUUCCCGUUUCUUUCUCCGGCCGUCUUUUUGAAUUUUCAGUUGCCAUUUUUUCCCCAGUUCAUCAUUCAUGUUCCUGGGAAAAGAGACGGCCUUGGAUGAUUGCACCGCCGGUUCAUCAUUCAUGUUCCUGGGAAAAAGAAAAAAGACAAAUGGAAAGGGGGGAAAUUUGCACCAAUUUCGCACUCCUUUUCAUAUUUUGAAAGUUCCUCAAUCAAAGCCCGGCUUGGGAUUCUUUGGAAGGGAAAGUUGUUUUCCAAUCCCAACGUCACGGCGGCUACUGUAACAAGAGAUGGAUAGAUAACUAGGAAUUGAAUGGGGGGAAACGGAUGGGAUGCUCAGGGUCACACGGUAUCCCAUUGUGGGCAGCCAGCUUUUUCCACCAUGUCCAUUUCUUGUACUUUUGCCCCUCCUCCAGACUGGAUUCUCUAGAAGCACAGAGAGAGGGGACAGAGAAAUACAUGUGCAAAUUUGGAGUAAAAAUGAAAAAAAUAUAUACAUAUCCGUAGUCAGUACAGUACGAUAGUAAAAACUGGAAAAGAUUCCUUCCGUUUAGGAGCACUUGGAUGGGCUUAAGAUUCCCUUUGUAUGAUCCGUACUCUACCUAGUAAACGCGAUCGGAUCCGCGUGAGGAAUUCCUCGGUAUUUCCACCCGAGGGAGCCGAUAAUAAUUAGCCGCUUUACCGAGGGUCAGGGCAGGGCAGGGCAGGGCAGGGCAAGGGCGGCUUCCAUUUGACGCGUCGUCCCGUCCACAUGGCACGCCAGUGACGCGUCCUGGCCAAUGGGGCGCCUCCACGUCGGCACGUCCCACUUUUUGACAAAUUCCUUGUGCUGCCCGCUUUGACUUUUACCUUGCUGGUGAAUCAACCCAACCAAACAAGUCUGAUUUUUGUCUCAGCCUUGUUUUUUCUUUUCUUUUCUUCUUGUGUUAUUGCUUGGCUACGCCAUCUGCAUGGGUACCCUUUGCUUAGGAAUAAAGAAAAUAAAAAUCAAACAAAACGUCGGUCACAUGCGCGUGUCACAUGGGCUCGUGGGUGGGCCCCCGGACGUGGCCCGCACCCACCAUCAGGCACCGCAUACAUGUGGAGCCCACCCAGGCGCUGCCGUCACUUUGAAAAAGGGAAUUGCUUGCUUUGCUUGCUCCCCGUUUAUAAAUUUACAGGUCACAGGGUUAUUGCGUUUUGGCUGGUUUUGCCUUUAGUAGCAGUAAGUUCCUCCUCCUAGUCCGUUGCCCGCAGAAAUCAAUUUCAAUUCCUCGCAUACGCCGAAAUAAAUAAAAAUUAAGGGCGAUUGAAGAGAUAGAACGAGGGAGAAAGGAGGGAAGGAGGGAUACAGCGUUGAGAAGAUUGUUUGAGCAGCAGAUGGCGAGCGGGCGGUUCAUGGAGGAGAUGAUGAGGGAGCACGAGCAGGUGCUGCUGGAGGCGACGCUGUACGACCACAUCGACGACCUUCUGGAUUUCCCCAAGGAGGAGGACUGCGCCGCCGACGUGCUGCUCCUCGACGCGCCGGCGCCCGGGAGCCCGCUCUCGGCCCGCAUCAUCGGCGCGCCGCCGGUGCCCCCGCCGCCUUCCAUGGAGCUUGCCGCGCCGCCGCCGCCGGCGGCGGCGGCCGUGCCGGCGUUCUUCGCCGCCGAGGCCUUCGGCUCCAAGGACUGCCACAUUGGGCCGUGUGAGGAGCUGGACAUGGACAUGGCGCAGCUGGAGUGGCUGUCGGGGCUGUUCGACGACGCGUCCAUCCCGCACGAGCCGGCGUUCAACUGCGCCGCGCCGAUCAAGGCCUCCGCUAUGGGCGCCACCAACGCCGCGGCCGCCGUCGUGAUUCCAGACAAGCUGGAGGACGCGCUCUUCCGCAGCUCCAGCCCGACCUCCGUGCUCGAGGACAACAGCUUCAACAAUGUCGGAGCCGGCGCCAAAAAUAACAACAACGUCAACAAUGGCAGCGGAGGCUCCUCCGCCUCCUCGUCAUCGUCUUCCUCGGCGUCGUCCUGCUCGGAGUCCUUCUCCGGCAGCGGCGGCGCCCGCACCACCUGGUCGGCGCCCGUGUCGCCGCGCCCGGAACCGCCGGUCCUGAUCAUACCGGCGCGCGCGCGCAGCAAGCGCUCCCGCCAGUCGGCAUUCGUCCGUUCCAGCGCGCCGGCGGCGGAGCCCACCAUCCUCGUGCCGACGCCGAUGUACUCGUCCACCUCCGCGCACUCGGACCCCGAGAGCUGCAACAUCGCGGAGACCAACUCGCAGCCCCCGGCCAUGAAGAAGAAGAAGAAGGCCAAGAAGCCGGCCCCUCCAGUCACCUCUGACGCCGAGGGCGACGCCGACGCCGACUACGAGGAAGGCGGCGGGAGCGCGCUCCCGCCGGGCGCCGUGCGGAGGUGCACGCAUUGCCAGAUCGAGAAGACGCCGCAGUGGCGCGCGGGGCCUUUGGGCCCCAAGACGCUCUGCAAUGCUUGUGGCGUGCGCUAUAAGUCCGGCCGGCUUUUCCCGGAGUACCGCCCCGCCGCCAGCCCAACCUUCGUGCCGGCCAUCCAUUCCAACUCCCACAAGAAGGUGGUGGAGAUGCGCCAGAAGGUGGCACCCAAGGGCGACGAUCUCCUGCAGUACAUCCGCCGCAGGGAUUGAUCUCCCGGUCGCCGGAGUCCGGACGGUUGGUCGGUCCCGUCUCCCUUAGCUACUAUACGUGCUAGUAUGUAUGCAUGCGUCAUCAUCACCAUCGCCAUCGCCCCAUGAACAGUGCUCGGCAUUGCUUUCAUGCAUCCACCCAUCAGCAUCAGCAUCAUCGCCAUGCAUUGGUUUCUGUCAGCAUCCAUCGCCGGGCCAUCCUGGCGUUAGUUGAAUAGGGCUUUUCUUUCAUUUCCCUUUUUUUUCUUGUCUAUUAAUUAAUUGGUUCCCCCUAAGGUUUUUGGUUUGUAUAGAGGAGAGAGGGUGAGGAGGGCAGGAGAAAUAGAUGAAUCAAUCACAGAGUGGUUGUUGCAUUGCGGUUGCUUGCAAAUUAGGUAGGUGAGAAGGAGAGCUAAACCAGCAACAGAAGCAGCAGAGGGAGACAGAUUUAGGGAGGAAACUUUGCAGCUAGUCAGUCAAUUAGAAAAGAGGGUGUGUUCUAAGGAAGAGUGAAUUUGUUGGUUUGCUAAGUUAGAAAACUUGUGUCAAGUAGCCGUCAGGAGGUUGGAGGAGGGGGAUCAUCCAUCAUAGUCAGUUUAUAUUGGAGCUUGGUGUACUCAACUCUGAAUAUUCUUUUUGCAGUUCAUCUAUGUUUAGGGAUUUAUAAGUGUUAUUUGGUUUCUACACUAGUGUUUACCUUUUUAUUAGCCAUUAAUGGUAGUUCCUCUCCUUUUUUUUCCCUCUUGUCUCUCAUGGCUUGUUGCCUCUAUACAAGUUGUGAUCACCUAAUCAGAGGAAUUAUAAUCCUUGGGCACUUCCUCA